AUGGCUUUUCAAGUUAGUCCGCCUUGGAAACCCUUUUACGUCGAGGUUUGAAAAUGAAGAUGAACUAUGUUCAAGUAUUAGUCAAGAUUAUUUUUAUAUCCUUGUUUUUCAUUGCUUCCUGUGAUGCCUUGUAAGUAUCGUUAAAAAUUCAGUUUUAACAUCUCUUUAACUAUAACAUAAGAACUUGUUUUUAAUAGUGCGCGUUUUAUGCACGGAACAGUUGAUCUUUGGAGACAAAGAAAGAAGACGAGAUCUUCAUAAGCUCGAAGCCUCCAAAUAUUUAAACAUAUAUCGAGACCUUUUCACUAUGUGAUAUCUGAUGGAAUAAUAUCAAUUUAAGUCCAAACCUUCUGCGUGUUUAACAGCUGCAGCUUUAAACAGAAUUCAUCAGUGGACCGUACUACGGUUACAGUAAUAUUUCUUUUGGGUGCACUGCUUCGCAGCCCCAAAACGUCUUUUUUGGAUAAAAAUUGUCAAGAUACUGGGCAAAAUCACUUACUAAAAUAGUUAUAACAUUCUAACCUAAGUAUAUCGUUUUUAAGCCCAAACAACUACGGUACGUAAAUCAAAAACAGGGAAUGCCUGAUUUUGAUUAUGUAUGUGACGGCGGCGGUAUGUCCGGGUGCCUAAUACAUACAUAGACCACCGAUUUUAAGCUGAGCAUUGCUCUCCGUACGAACUGCCAUUUUGAAUAGUGAUCAAAAGUGGCUAACGAGUCUUAGUCGAUGAGUGUCGGCUUCUGCGACGGUUGUUGAAUGGUUGUAUAGAAAGAAUGACGUCGAUAGUUUAUUUGAAUUUUCUGUUUCCUGAGGAAAAAAAACUGUUCUGAUCAACCGUUUUAAACAGUAGCAGACUGGUAUUAAUAUUCAUGGACCGCUUUUCGUUAAGAACCUUAGUCUUGGGCACUAAAGUGCUAAAAGGUUGCCCAACUUUACAAGACAUCAACCACGGUGUUUUACAGUUAAAUGUUUUUUCUACUAGAAGAUUCUUAAUCAUAUGGCUUUUUCUCCUCAGACAAAGAAGUGACAAUAAGACAUUUAUCAAAGAAAAAGAGUGGGGUGGUGAUAUGGAAAAAAGAGAUAAUGGAACAUCUUUAGAAGAUAAAGAGCACCUAGAUAAUAGGACGGACAGUAGCGAUAAUGCAACAUCUAUUCAUGACAAAGAAUGCCUAGGAGAUGCACAAAACUGCAGCAAUACUACAGCUUCUGUAAAAGAGCGCAUCAGCAAUGCAACAAAAGACAGAGAAUGGAUUCAAAAUUCUACCAACAUCUUUAAGAAGAUAAUGGAAAACUACGAUCCCUCUAUAGCUCCCUACGUGCCAGGUAUGUGACAUUUCGUUCAACCCUCAUCUACGUGUAUCACCACUUUUCAGACUUUUAACAUUUACAAAGUAUUGCAGUCAAAGUAGAUGUGCAGGGGCGGAUCUAGGGGGAGGGUGCAGGGGGUGCGCACCCCCCCCCCCACCCCCAGAGAUGACCUGCGGUUUUCUAAUACAACUGGUAUUCUGCCAAAAAAAAACUAGGUGGUUUAUUGGUGUUGAAGUAGAGCAAGAGACGAGUGCACCCCCUCCUAAAAAAAAUUCUGGAUCCGCCCCUGAUGUGGCUUGAAUAUAUUUAUCAACAGGAUACUUUGAACAUGUUCGGAGUUCCCAAGUCUUUGAAGCAUCGGUAUCUUGGAAAAUCAAUUCUGUCGUGGUUUCGAUUCCUCGAAGCGUUGUUAUGGUAUAGAAGGCUGAUGGCAAUAUCAUAUCAUUACUGGUUGCUUGAUGAUUAAUGAGCCCCUUACUUAAUUGUAAUUGGAUUUAGACUAAAACAGAGUUCCAGCUGACAUAUUGUGUUGGUAAUCGUAUAGGAAUUUGUCUUAAAACUUGAUUAAUUGCUUUGUAAAAAAAUUUCACCAAAAGUGAAAGUGCCUAAAAUCAUCAAAUAUAAACUAGUCCAAAAAGCGUCAGUAAAGUCCAUAGCUAAAGAUCAUGUUUCCUGCAGUGAUAUAACUACGUGUUUUUCAUUAAUUAAGACCCUUCAUGGUCACAUGGCCCCGGGAGAUUGAAGUAUAACCCUGCUGGGAGAUCAGCUGUUCCAUCUUGGCUUCAUGAUGGUCUCCUCUGUUUUAUUUCUAUGUCCUCUGCUGUUUGAUAUGUGAUCCUCUAUUACAAAAACUACGAGUUUAUACGGGUUCAGUGACACAAUGUGUUGUAAUGUUUAGCAGUGUUCGUGGAAGAUAGCCUGAAGGUACGCAAGCAUUAUGGGAGUUUUUGGGAAGAGGAUGAGGGGUGGGCAAAAACUAGGAAUUGCAUGGCAAUGUUUUCGCUUUACCCGUGUAUAACUCCUAGGAAUAUGUUUCUAAAUAAGUCAUAGAAUUCCCCUUUUCAAUAGGGAAUGUUUUGAAAGACUUGUCGUUUUGUAUAAGAAACAACUGAGGAUUAGAAUCUAUCUCUGUGUUGUAUGUGUGUUUCCAUGUUGGCUUGAAAUCAGUGAAGGGGUAGUAUAACCAAACAUCAGAAUAAAUUGUAACUCUCUUUUACUUUCGUGUUUGCAGAAUAUAAUGUAUAGCAUUGUGGUCUCCCUGAUCUUGCCUUUCGCUUUCCCUAAACAAUCCCACAAGUGCUUGCAUGUGCACUUUUCGAUACUAUCGACCCAGGCUUUCAUAAAGCAAGCUUAGUUUGUGUGGCCAGUUUGUUGAGUUUUCCCCAGUGCAUAGAGUUUUUACAAGGCGGACGAGGGCCUUAGUUGCCCUGGGACUAUUUCUAGUGUGGUACAUCACUUGGAUUCAAAAUGGUAUGUUUAAGGAUUUUAAGUCUAACAGUUGCUCCAGUAGUCUAUAAAUAAUAUGCCACUAAGAUGUAUUUCUCAAGGCACAAAAGAUAUCGCCACCAUCGAGAAUUGUGUAUCAGUGAAGUUUUUUUGUCCCUUUUCAGGAUCUUGGUACUUUUAAAGUUAAAAUUUUCUAUAUUUGUUCACUUUAGUUCUCUUUAUUUAAAUGUAUAUCUUUAGGUAAACCAGUUAAAGUGAAUAUUGUUUUUGAGAUUCUUGCUUUUGGAGAAGUCGACGAGGCAAAUAUGGUAAGAACUGAAUGGAAACAUAUGAUAGCAAUAUAAGAUCCGUUUUAGCUGAAAAAGGUGUCAAUUAAUGGCAUUGUACCCUUGCACCAAAAGCCUGGUAAGCCUGGUAAGCCUUGUAUACCCUUGUUGAACCAGUCAAGUCUCGUUAUUCCUUAACCCAUUUGGUUGCUGCUGAUCGCACACCAGAUUCUGAGAUAUUAGAAGGGGGAAAACAUUAAAAGAUACUAAACACGUAUUUUAAGAAAGAUGUUAAAAUUGCUCCGCAAUACUGGGGAUAUAGAAAAUCUGCACAACUCUUUGUUGCAAUGUUGAGAAAAAGUUUAUCUUUGUUCAGAUUUUAGUCAGCCAGUUCUAAAAAGUAGAAAUUGAACGACUGGCCUUAACUUUUUUAUCUUCCGGGGGUAAUCGUUUCCUUCGUCCUUGCGUAAUGCUAAGAAAAGCCAGUUCCUUUUCACAAAUGAGAUCACUGUUAGGAGUAACAAUAUUAUAAUAUCUCCUUCAUACUGAUAAUGACACUGAUGUGACUUCAACUUACUGUCCAAUGAAAGUAUCUCUGUCAAGGCCGUAUAUCAACUCUUAUCUGUUAUCGUUUUAAAGAGCUAAAACUUAAUUCUUCAUAUCAAUUUAAUUCCAAACAAGAAGGUCCAGUUUUGUUAUCUAAGAUUGUAGGCAUUGAAACUGUUUCCUGUCGUUUGAUGCAACGGAUGGUAAAGAUGUAUUGAAACUUGAAAACAUGGGGUCAACUUUUUCAAGAUUUAAUGCUAAUUAUAUAGCCAACAGUUAUAAUGGUUAGUGCUCCUGAUGAAAUGUAGUUGAUCUUUUUUUCUUUUUGUGUAUGGGUAAAGACACUAGGUAAUGACUUCAGCACAGAAUUGACCAAAAACAGCAAUAUUACCCCGACAUAGCUCUUUUAAUUAUGAAUCAAUUCCUUCCCUGUAGGAAUACGGCUUGGACUUAGUUAACAUCCAGUGGUGGAGGGACAUAAGGCUGGCUCAAGGCCAGGACAGAACCUUCUCAUUUAGUGGUAAUGACAUAAAAAAGAUAUGGACACCAGACACUAUCUUCUUGAAUGCCAAGCAAUCUGAGAUUAAGAACGUGAGUUAUAUUCUAUGUUCACAAUUCAUAACUCUUGAAUCACAAAUAAUUACGAUAAAGAAAGUUUGCCAGAGAUUUACCAGUAUUAUAUUCAGUUAUAUAAUUGGAUCCAAUCUUCUUAUUAUGCCAAAUUUCGUAUCAAGGUAUAUCCAGAAACUGUAAAUCCUGCAUUAGUCAUCAACACUUGAUCCAGUUUUCUGGACCUUACAGUAGAGCUUACUCUAUUAGUGUUCCAGACCUUUUGGCGAAGCGUGAAAAGAAAUAAAAUUUUACAAUAACUGAGCGAAUCCUCGUGCGCUGAUUGGUCGAGAGCUUUGACCUAUGAGAGUAUAGACCAUGGAAAUGAGGUAACAUGUCACGCAGUGCCCGUUGCUUUGUUUUUGGUUUUUCGUAAAAAAAAAAUUGUUAUUGCAGUGAAACCACUCGCCUGCGGCUCGUGGUCCCACUUGAGUUUUGAACAUUUUAUGACGUCACUUCUAUGGUCUAUAAGAGUGUUGACCAUGGAAAAUUGUGGUCGAUUUGUUAAAUAAAUAAACACCAAACACCUGGGCUGAGUUAUUAAUACCCAGGUUAACUACAGACGUGCUCUUACUUAUUCUUCUUCGAAGCAGUUAAUCAUGUAGUUUUCCAGAAAGGUGACUUACGUGUAAUAGUGACACCAGCUCAACUUUUUCUCACAAGGUUAUGAAAGACAACCAGAUGGUAUUCGUUUUGCCUAACGGCCAUGUUACUCACAUGUCAAGGUGAGAAUUUUCUCUAAUCGCUUUCUUCGGAUUUUCCCCUGAGACAACGAGCAACAUUUAUCGCCUUUCUUAAAAAUUCUGUCGAAUUAGAGUUUGACAGCUAACCGUUCCCUCAACUAGGAGGGUUUUUCCAUAUGUCGGGAAAACCCAAGAAACGAGGAUUUUGAACAUUCUUGCAAAGCGGCUCGGCGUUUGCUGAGUCGAGAAGACAUGCUAGCUUAAAUUGUGACGAAGGGGGCUGGAGCGGAGCAAAUUUCCUGAGUGUGAUCUGGUUAAAGACAAACAAAACCACGUCGUAUUUGCUUCAUUUGUUUUCAUGAAGACAAUAUUCUGACCUAUUUUCUCAUGCCUCUAUUCUAAAUUUGCAAGCCUUUGCAAGACAACCGCAUAAUCUCUUUUCGUGUUCAAUUUCCCUUUCGUUUCUGAAUUCAGUUGAUCAUUUAUCAGUCAGCUUAGGCCUUUUCUGCUUUGUUUCUUCCUUUUAGGAUUGCAUUAAAAGUUGCCUGCCAUAUGCAGCUGCAGAUGUACCCACUUGACAGACAAAAGUGUGAUUUGGUGAUAGAGAGCUGUGAGUUGACUUUGAUAUUCCUAGAUUGUUUCUGCAAUCCUUUUAUUAUAGUUAUGGAUCAUUAUCCUUCCUGCGGCUGAAACUUUUUACAGUGGUCAUUUGUAAUUGUAUUUGUUCUUAUGUCUUUGCUGAUGUAGUAUCAUAGGCGGCUCAUACAGGCCAUUAUCAGGCAGUUUAUGAAAGCCGGAACGAUCUAAUGCUUAGCUGUCACGAAAGCAAAGUGUAUUGUAUGUAUUGUAAAAUGUAUUGUAAUACGUAUGUAUUGUAAAACUAAGCUGUUGAUCCAUUAAAGCUGAGAACAAAAAAUUUCAGUAAUUUCAAGCAAUAAUGAGUUAACCCAAACAGUUUAAAGGUUCAAAUACAAUUAUGCCGUCGACCUGUCCUGUCAGUUUGAUUCAGCUCGUAUGGUAUCUCCUUUAAUGACUAUGCAAUUAAUUACCCCAAUAAUGAUGGGAGAAAAAAAAAGAUGUUUGGGGCUCAAUUGAGGAAAACAGGAUAUCAAUUUUAAUUUAUCAACGGAACAAAUCAGUGAACAAAAGCAAAGCUAACAAAAUGAUGCAAAUUCUCAUGAAAUCGGACCUACAUUCCUUUCGACAAACUAAAGAUGUGAUUUCCCUUUAAUUUUUUUGUGUUGUGAUCACUAGGAUUUUUAACUGACAUUUACCUCUUACGCCAAUUAAACAACUAUUUUCGGCCUUGAUUAGUUUCACUAGCUGAUUCCAAGUUGGUUUACGAAUGGGGAAACUUCUUAGCAAGCAAGUGCGUCGUUGAGGUGUAUGAUGAUGCCAUGGCUCAGUACGAGUACAAGGGGGCAAACCUAAGUUACAAGCAUGGGAAAUUCUCCUCUGGUACGUAACCUCGUUCUUAAUAUCAUUGAGUGAUUUCUCGCGCCCUGAUUGGUCAGGAGCUCUACGGUGAUGACGCAGAAAUGACGUAGCUGUUUGUCCCUAGCUCUCUUCAAGUAAUUUCCCAAGAAACUUCCAGUCGCCAGAAUUGGUCGCUGAAAAAUUUUAUUGCCUAGCAUUGAUUGUCACUUGGGUGCAACUCUUUAGUUUCCAAAGAUGUACCUGCAUUUGUUCAGUCAUUAAUUCAGCCAUUAAUGUCAAACAAGAGAGGAUAAUUACCUUUUCUAAUAAUCCUGUCUUGUGUUCACGGCAAGGGGGUCCCCUAGGGACUUUUUAUCCCAUCUGCCGGAAGUCUAAAGCCCACACUAAUUACCGAUUAUGUGCUUCUCAUUCUAUAUGCAGGUGGUUUCUCAAACGUGUACGCUACAUUUGUAUUUGACCGCCGUACGUCAUAUACGGUUCUUCAAGUGUUCCUCCCAAGUUAUUUGAUCGUUAUUCUGUCAUUCAUGGCCCUUUGGCUGCCACAAGAUGCUGUGCCCGCCCGAGUGGCCCUUGGAAUAACAACUGUGCUUACAAUUGUUUAUUUUCUUGGUAGGUCCGACUGUAGUAUAUCUUCCAACUGUCAUCGCUAACUCGCUUUGCUCCCUGGAAACUCAAGAAGCCAGAAGAAUCACCAACAAACUUUAAAAGUUCUAUUAUUACCUUCGGGAGAAAUUCCUCUUUCAUUACAUCUCGAUUUCUUAAUUCACAACAAUUCAUAAAAAAACAUUUGCGUCCGUAGAUUGUAAACAUUAUGUUUAGCCAAACUGGUACUGUGAGUAAACCUGUUUUCUCCCAGUGCUUUCUUGGCCUUUAAGAUGGGUGGUAAAACGCUGGGAACGAGGUUGAGAUCUCAUUUGGGUCUUUUGAUGCACUUGUGGAUGCAAUGUUGUUGUUCAUUGUUAAGCUAAGUACCAGUAAAUGUUUUUUUGCGUUAGUAACGCAUACCCAACUCACUUUCUGCUUUCUGGCGUUUGAAAGGGAAGGGAAGACAUACCGGUACAUGAAGAGCGCGCCCUUCGUAUACCAAUCGCCUUCUCAAGGACCUAUUGCAUUCUCGAGCACCCAUGGUAUUCUUGUGCCCUCAUCGCAUUUCCUUCCACUAAACGCAUCCUUGCGUGCCCAUUGCAUUCUUGCCUACCAACUGAAUUCUCGUGCGUCCUUUGCAUUCUCGUGUUCCCAUUGCAUUCAUGCAUGCCCAUUGUAUUCGUAUGCGCCCAUUACAUUCUUGUGCAAUCAUUGCAUUCCCGUGCGCCCAUUGCAUUCUGGCGUGCCCUUUACAUCCUUGUACGCCUAUUGCUUUUUCGUGCCCAAUGCAUUCUCGUACACCCAUUACAUUCUCGUGCGCCCAUUGCAUUCUGGCGUGCCCUUUACAUCCUUAUACGCCUAUUGCUUUUUCGUGCCUAAUACAUUCUCGUGCACCCAUUGCAUUCAGGUGUGCCCAUAGCAUUAUUGUACCUCUAUCGUAUCCUGGUGCUCUCAUUGCAUCGCUUGUACAACAACUGCAUUCCUGUGCGCCUAUUGCAUUCUCACACGCCCAUUGCAUUCUCUUGCACCCACUGCAUUCCCUUGCGCGUCAAUUUUUUCACCUUCUCAUCAAACACCUGCCACUCCCACUAUUCAUAAUGUGACUAUUUGUUUUCUAUUGCAAAUAGGAAGCGUCAACAGUAGAAUGCCCCGUGUGUCUUACUUUAAGGCCAUUGAUUGCCACUUGUUCGUGUCCUUUGGUUUUGUGUUUUCCACCAUGCUGGAGUAUGUUAUUCUUCUUAAUACCAAGGGCAGGAAUACAGGAAAGCCAGAUAAUCAUGAGAAAUGCGAGGUAAGCAAUCGUUAGGAUGGUUUCAAAAAUAUACUUUAGUGGGGUUUUACAAGGACAACCGGACCAAGUAAUAUCCUCCAGUUCCUUUAGGAAGUGCGUGUGUUUUAUUAUGAGUUGAAGAGAGGGUCAUAGAAAUCAAGAGACGAAUAAAAGUAAGAUGUUGUAUUUGCUAAUAACCUGAGGAAACAGCCGGCGUUUCGCGACGCCACCCACCAAUGAUUUCCCCGGGAAUGUCUGAGGAAGUAGCGCAGAAAUUCUAUACUGAUGUCGUAUUACUACCCACUGCAUCUGGGUAGUGCUUCUGAUCGGUUGAAGAAAAUUUUUGACCAAUCAAAAGCACAACCCAUAUGAGAGCAGUGACCGGCUUCAUGAGUAUGAAUUUCCUGCUGUCGUUCCUCAUACGUCAUUUCACGGGGAAACCGUUGGUGGUGUCCUGAAAUGUAGGCUGUUUUCUCAGGCUUCUUAAACCACACCUAUUUUCAGACCAAAACGGUUGAUCUAAAAAUCUAAUCUAAAACUGACCCCCGAACAACACAAAUGCGUUAGGGGCACGUGUUAGGUGUUUCUGGUUAGAUGGAUGGAUCUACUAGAUCGCUACCGUGAAUAAAAGUUGAAGGAGAGAGCGACCCCCUCACGCUAGCUGAUUUAUAUUUCAAUCUUAGCUUACAUAAUCUUCGUGGACCAUAUAUUAUUUAAUGAAUUUUUUUUCUUCAAUUGUUAAUUAUUGUAUUUAAGACAAUUAACAAUUAUCCACCUGAAUAUCUGAGAGACCUAUUUAGGUUAAGAGACAACAUUAAAAACUUGAGAGCCCAGUGCUCGUUGGACUUUUUAGGGGUUAACAAGCUGCAAGUACCGACUCGUUAUGGCAAGAACUCAGUAAAGUACUUGGCGGCUGUUACUUGGAAGAAGAUUUCUGAUAUCUUAAGAUGCCUCAGCACAUUGUCAGCUAAGGUUCUAGCUAAUUCGAUAUAAUAUCUAUGUUCUAUUAAGUAAUAGUAAUUGGGCUUUUUAUUGUAAAUAGCUAUAUGUGACGUAAUUUUAGGCUUUAUACUGUAAAUAAGUUUUUGGAUUUCCCUUUCUUUCUCUAUUAUUCUAUUUAUUUGUUUUGUUUUCUUUGUUUUUUUUUCCUCGGCUUAAUAGCAUAUUUUUUGCUAGAGGUCUAACCAACAUCAUCAAACCCUAGAUUAAAUAAAGCUUCCUUUAUUCAUUCAAUUACCAAACGUUACGAUUUUUAACAGCUUGGCUUGUUGGACAACCAUGUAUCAGAGGAUUCGUCGCGUAACAACUGUUAUGGAACAGAUGUAGUAGGACGUUACCCAGUUAAAAACGAAGAAGAAGAUGAGGCUAAUGGCUCAAUCAUGGCAGUUCAGAGGAGAAAAAAGACAUCACGUGACACUGUCCCAGUUCACUUAAUAGACAGACUCUCCCGGGUUCUGUUUCCCGCUUCGUAUGGAGUAUUCGUGGUAGUUUUCUGGGUGGUCUGUGCAACACAGUCACCUCAAAAAGAGCAAUUAGAUCUUUGCUGA